AAUAGAAUCUUUCGUUGUUUCUCCCUUCCUACUUUAAACGAAAAUGACAACAUUCGGACGCAUCAAUCCAUUCAAUCUUCUCAAAGUUUGAAGCUUUUGAGCAAGAACCCUCCUUCCUUUCCCAAUCCUUCGAUUUCCCAGUUCGGCAAUUUCUCCAUUUUCUCACUCCAAGUUUUGUUGGGUUCAUUGGAUUUGAUGGAUACCAACUGGAGGCCUCCUCAAGGUGGAGAGCCUGCCAUGGAUGCCGGUGAUUGGAGGAGUCAGCUGCAGGCUGAUUCAAGGCAAAGAAUUGUCAACAAGAUAAUGGAUACGUUGAAGAGGCAUCUUCCCUUCUCCGGACAGGAGGGAUUACUGGAACUCAAGAAAAUUGCUGUAAGGUUUGAGGAAAAGAUUUAUACUGCAGCCACAAGCCAGUCGGAUUAUCUACGGAAAAUUUCGCUGAAGAUGCUCACAAUGGAGACCAAGUCUCAGAAUUCAAUGGCCAAUUCCUUACAGUCUAACUCUGCUGGUAACAGCAACAGGCCUCCGGAUCCAGGGUCUUUUCCUAUGCAACCCCAAGUCCCCAAUCAAGGGCAAUCACUCUCUAUGCCGUUGCCAGCUAAUCAAUCUCAAGGACGCCAACAACUUUUAUCACAGAACAUCCAGAAUAACGUUCCGCCUGCUGGAGUUCAAAUUUCGUCUGGCUUAUCAUCUGCACUACCUCCUUCUUCCGGUUUAACCCAGACUUCUAUCCCAAGUAUUGUUGGACAAAAUCCAAACAUGCAAAAUAUGUCUGGAAGUUCACAGAACUCAUUAGGGAACUCCAUGGGCCAGGGGGUACCCUCCAAUAUGUUUGCUAAUUCAAGGCAAGUGCCAGGAAGGCAACAGGUAGUUCCCCAACAGCAGCAGCUGCAGCAAUCCCAGAAUUCGCAGCAAUAUAUGUACCCACAACAGCUGCAACUUGUGCAACAGCAACAGCAACAGCAACAGCAACAACAACAGCAACAGCAACAGCAGCAAAACCUAUUACAACCGACUCAGCUGCAGUCUUCACAGCAAUCUGUUAUGCCAACAUCAUCUGUUAUGCAGCCUUCGGUUCAAUCAUCGCUCUCGAGUCUUCAGCAGAAUCAACAAUCUGCUAUGCAACAGUCAUCACAACCCAUGCUUCAGCAGCAUUCACAGCCAGUUCUCAGGCAGCAACAGCAGGCUCAACAGGCCGCUGUUCAUCAACAGCAAACACCAAUGCCACAACAGCCAAUAUUACCCCAGCAACAGCAGCAGCAGCCGCUUAUGGUGCAACAGGCAACUGCUUCAAACUUGUCCCAGAAUCAGAUGAUUGGACAACAAAACAAUGUCGGUGAUAUGCAGCAGCAACAACAGAGGUUGCUAAGCCAGCAGAAUAAUCUUUUAAACCUGCAACAACAACAGCAGCAGCAUCAACAGCAAAAGCAACAACACCAGCAGUUAAUGGCUCAACAAAGCAACCUUUCUAAUAUGCAUCAGCAACAAUUGGGCCCUCAGAGUAAUGUUACCGGGUUACAGCAACAGCAGCAAAGCAACCUUUCAAAUAUGCAUCAGCAACAGUUGGGAUCUCAGAGUAAUGCUACUGGAUUACAGCAACAGCAGCACCUCGGAACUCAAAGUGGUAAUUCUAGCAUGCAACCAAAUCAGCACUCUGUACACUUGUUGCAGCAACAACAACAUCAGAAUGCAUCUAACAUGUUACCUUCUCAAGGACAGCAGUCACAACCUCAGGCAUCCCAGAUGCAACAAAUGAGUUUGCAACAGCAGUCAAAUCCACUGCAACGAGAUAUGCAACAAAGACUUCAAGCAUCAGGUCAGAUAUCAGGAACCAGGCUUCAAUCACAAAACGUAAUGGAUCAGCAAAAGCAGUUAUAUCAAACUCAAAGAGCCCAUCCUGAGACAUCAUCGACAUCUCUAGAUUCCACAGCUCAGACUGGACAUGCAACUGGGGGUGAUUGGCAAGAGGAGGUCUAUCAAAAAAUCAAAAGCAUGAAGGAAUUGUACUUUCCCGAACUAAGUGAAAUGUAUCAGAAAAUUGCUACCAAACUUCAGCAGCACGAUUCUCUUCCACAACAACCAAAGUCCGAGCAGCUUGAGAAGCUAAAAAUGUUCAAAACCAUGUUGGAGCGCCUCAUAUCAGUCUUACAGUUUCCCAAGAGUAACAUUACACCUGGCUUCAAAGAGAAGUUGGGUACAUACGAGAAGCAGAUAGUAAAUUUUAUCAAUACAAAUAGACCAAGGAAGCAAGUUCCUCCUCUGCAACAAGGGCAGCUCCCCCCACCUCAUAUGCACUCCAUGCAGCAGCCGCAAUCCCAAAUUACUCAAGUGCAGUCUCAUGAACAUCAAAUGAACCCGCAGUUGCAAACAAUGAAUUUACAAGGUUCUGUGCCAACAAUGCAGCAGAACAAUAUGACAAGCUUGCAGCAAAAUUCGAUGUCUUCUAUAUCUGGGGUUUCAACAGCACAGCAGAACAUGAUGAAUUCAUUGCAGCCGAGUACAAAUUUGGAUUCUGGACAGGGAAAUGCACUGAACUCUUUGCAGCAAGUUCCGGUGGGAUCUAUCCAACAAACUCCUGUCAGUGCUCCCCAGCAAGCAAACAUGAAUGCCUUGUCAUCACAGAGUGGGGUUAGUAUGCUGCAGCCAAAUAUUAAUUCCCUUCAGUCAAAUUCUGGUAUGCUUCAACACCAGCAAAUGAAACAGCAGGAACAUCAAAUGUUACAGAAUCAACUGAAGCAACAGUAUCAACAGCGAAUGCAGCAGCAAUUUAUGCAGAAGCAGCAGCAGCAGCAGCAACAACAAUUGCAGCAAGCAAAGCAACAGCUUCCGGCACAGAUGCAGGUGCACCAACACCAAAUGCCACAGCUUCAUCAAAUGAAUGAUGUAAAUGACUUGAAGAUGAGACAGGGGAUGGGUGUUAAGCCAGGGGUUUUUCAGCAACAUAUGCCCGCAGGCCAGCGUGCUUAUCCGCAACAGCAGUUGAAACCAGGAUCUCCAUUUCCUAUUCCAUCAACAAACCAACUCCUUCAGGCUGCAUCUCCUCAAAUUUCGCAACAUUCUUCUCCCCAAGUUGACCAGCAGAAUAUACUGACUCACCCGAAAGCUGGAACCCCUUUGCAAACUGCUGGUUCACCUUUUGUCAUCCCAUCUCCUUCAACUCCCAUGGCCCCAUCCCCCAUGCCAGGGGAUUCUGAGAAACCUUCCUCACUAUCGAAUGCUGGGAAUAUUGGACAUCAACAAGCAGCUGGGGUGGGAGCACCGGUCCAGUCCCUUGCAAUUGGCACCCCUGGGAUAUCAGCCUCUCCUUUGCUUGCUGAAUUUAGUGUACCAGACGCUACUCAUGUUAAUGCUUUGUCAACUAUUUCUGGCAAGUCGAGUGUUACCGAGCAGCCUCUUGAACGCUUGAUUAAGGCGGUGAAAUCGAUGUCGCCUAAUGCAUUGAGUGCAUCUGUCAGUGACAUUGGCUCGGUAGUUAGUAUGAUUGAUAGGAUAGCAGGGUCAGCCCCGGGUAAUGGAUCUAGAGCUGCAGUUGGUGAGGAUUUGGUUGCAAUGACAAAGUGUCGUCUGCAAGCAAGAAAUGUUAUGACUCAGGAUGGAUCAAAUGGGACUAGGAAGAUGAGGCGCUACACUAGUGCCAUGCCCUUAAAUGUUGUGUCUUCAGCUGGUAGUAUGAAUGAUAGUUUCAAGCAGUUGAUCAAUUCAGAGACAUCUGACCUGGAGUCAACUGCAACAUCUCGUAUUAAGAGGCCUAGGGUUGAGGCUAAUCAUGCUCUUCUGGAAGAAAUAAGAGAAAUAAAUAGGCGGCUUAUCGACACAGUUGUUGAUAUCAGUGAUGAAGAUGUUGACCCUAGUGCAGCCGCUGCCGAAGGGGGUGAGGGUACUGUUGUCAAGUGCUCUUUUGAUGCCGUGGCUCUCAGUCCAAGCUUGAAAUCGCAGUAUGCUUCAGCACAAAUGUCACCAAUUCAGCCAUUAAGACUGCUUGUUCCUACAAAUUAUCCCAACUGCUCUCCGGUUCUCUUGGACAAGUUUCCAGUUGAAGUCAGUAAGGAGUAUGAAGAUCUUUCUGUGAAGGCCAAGUCGAGGUUUAGCAUAUCUCUAAGAAGCAUUUCACAACCCAUGUCCCUUGGGGAGAUAGCAAGGACUUGGGAUGUUUGUGCACGUGCAGUUAUUUCUGAGCACGCGCAGCAGAGCGGUGGAGGAAGUUUCAGCUCAAAGUACGGGACAUGGGAGAACUGCUUGAGCGCUACUUGAUCGAUCCUCUGUUUAUUCAUUGAACAGAGUUAUUCCAAGGGUUGUCGUGAUAGCCGCGAUGGUAUUUUUCUGUGAUGAUUGAAGCAUUUUUAUGGGCAGGCAUGUAUAGGAGGAACUUACCUUAGUAUGUGUGGGGAAUAAUCUUGGGGGAUGUUAUUUAGCUUCUUGGUGGUGAAUUUAUCUGAGGUUAAUUCUGCGUGAUUUACUUGAAAUACUGUAAGUCAUCUCGGAAUUGUCUCUGUGUUUCCGUUUUGUUGAAAAUGUGGCAUCUUGCCGUGUUCUGCAGUCUGUUUGUAAAGAGUAUUGUGUCAAUAUUUUCCCAGAUUAUUUAUAAGAUGGAGAUAUCCAGGAAUGUCAUCUCA